GACCUAAACAGGUAAAGAUCAAUGACGGAAUCUUCAUUAACAUCACCAAGAAGAAGAAGAGCCAGGAGAUUGAGUAUAAAUGAACCUCCAUCAAUGUCAUCCAGUGAUCCAGUGACCGAGGAGCUUCAGUGUUCAAUCUGUCUGGAUGUGUUCAAUGAUCCAGUCACCACUCCAUGUGGACACAACUUCUGCGAGAUCUGCUUGGAUACAUACUGGGACAACAGUCAAGACAUCAGCUGUCCAAACUGUAAAGAAACAUUCAAGCAAAGACCUGAACUCAAUAUUAAUACAACACUCAGAAAUCUUGUGGAUGAACAUAAAAAGAAAACUGCAGAGAAACAACCUGAAGUCCUCUGUGACAUCUGUGAGGAAGUAAAGCUGAAGGCUGUGAAGUCCUGUGUGGUGUGUCAGAGCUCUUACUGUAAAAUUCAUCUGGAGUCUCAUAUGAGAGUGACAGGUUUACAGAAACACAAACUGGUUGAUCCUGUGAAUAAUCUGCAGGAUUAUAUAUGUCAGAAACAUGGGAGACCUCUGGAGCUCUUCUGUAGAGACGAUCAGACACCUGUAUGUCUGUCCUGUACUGAUGGAGACCACAAGAAUCACAACACUGUGACUUUAAAGGAGGAGAUUAAAACAAUAAAGAUUGAGCUGUUGAAGACACAGACAGACGUGCAGCAGAAGAUCCAAGACAGAAUCAAGAAGAUUCAAGAUAUCAAACAUUCAGGAGAACACUGA